UGGAAACGGAGUAUGAAGAUUACAACGGUCAACAUAGACACCUUUUGGAAGCCGGCAAUGAUAUCUGUAUGCACAACCUGUUGGUGACAAGAUGAAAGAUGUCAUCUCUGACAUUACUCUUAGUUAUUGUAUUUGGAGGUUUAGCCUAUUCAAAGCCUUCGGUUAACUAUACAUCCAGCACCAGCAAACAUACUGCAUCUCCGUGCAAGAUUAUAGAUAGUACAGGACACAAUGUUGAAGUUGACUGUACAGACAGAAACCUGACAAACAUCCCGAUACUGUCGAUUUAUGCGACUUCUUUAAAUCUUUCAAACAAUAACAUAGAAUCAAUAACGGACGAAACAGUAUUUUGGAACAAAUCGUCGUUACAUACGUUAGAUCUAUCGGACAACCCAUUAGAACUACUGCCUCAUAGCAAUAUAUUCGAGGAAUUAACCAAUCUAUCGAAACUUUUCAUUCGGAACACAUACUUGUAUAAACAGAAAGAUCUGGUGUUAGAUUUACUGUUACAAGGAUUAAACAAUUUGAAACAUUUGAGUUUUACAUUCAAGCUAGAACCAAGUAAUUUAAAAGCUACUCCGAAGUUAUGCUCACAUAAAUUCAACAGUCAGCCGUUUGGUAAGAUUGACCGUCUACAUUCAAUUAAAUCGCUAGAGAUAGAUUCUGCCUUGUUGAAAAUUGAAACAAAUGCGUCUAUAAUAUAUCAAACUAAAUCCCUCCGUGUAAUAAAUGGCUUUGUAUGCUAUUACAACUCGUUCGCGAAGGAACAGUUUGACUAUAUGCCUUUUAUUGAACAUAUUUUCAUUGAAAGUCCAUUUUUCAUUGAUAAAAUCAGUGACGAUUUUAUAUCAGAACAGAAUGGUUUAACUGAACUUGUUAUUGAUGGGCCGGACUUAACUUCUACAAAUGCUGUAGAUUUGAUACAGAAUAUAACUACUUCGGUUUCAAGAUCAUACAAUCUAACAACUCUAAUGCUUAAUGAUAUCUAUAAUCACAAGAAACUGGACGUAAAACGUUUCUAUAGCAUAUAUAAUCUGGUCAGCUUGACUUCCUUGGAGAUGCUAGGUCUGGUGGGAAAUGGUCUUUGCUUUAAAGGUAAAAAUUCCGGGGACAGAUUUCCAAAGUCUCUGAAACAUUUGGUCAUUCAAGAAAAUUGUAUGACUAGUUAUGGAAUAAAUCAUCAUAUUCUAGAAGUUAAUUUGCAGUUAGAAACUAUAGACGCUAGCAGUCAAAACAAUUGUGUACUAAAAAAGAAGAAAAAGAGGAAACCACAAUUUCAUGCAAAUAGAGUUAACGAAACUGAUAGAGUAUAUAGUUUACAAAAACUGAUCUUAACUAGAUCCGUUGAUGAACUGAAUUUUGGUAAUAAACAUGACUAUUUUCCGAAUCUUACCUACCUAGAUUUGUCUCUUAAUAACAAAGUCCCAAACAAUACAAUUCCAAAUUUCUUUUGUUCAAGACGACACAAUUUAAGGUUUAUGAAUCUGUCUAACAGUCAUAUCACGAGAAUAGAGAAAUUGACGUUCGACAACUGUAGUAAUUUAGAAGUAUUAGAUUUAUCAUUUAACCUACUUGGAUGCGUUGACUGUCAUAUAUGCGACAAACUCGUGAAUCUUGUAUCACUAAAAUCAUUAAAUUUGAGUAGCAACCAUAUAAAAUGUUCAAAUCUUCGCAUGUUAAACUCAAUGAUAAAGAUUGAACGUAUAGAUAUGAGCAAUAAUGUAUUACAAAGUUGGGAUAUAUCAAUUCUAAAUGCAAGAAAUCUUACACAUAUAAAUUUGUCUAGGAACCGAAUACAGACACUUUCAAAAGCAAACAUGGAGGAGCUCGACACAAUAGUCAGGUCAAAUUCAAUUGAGAUAGAUCUGUCUGAAAACACAUUGCUUUGCACUUGUGAAACAAAAGAUUUUCUACAAUGGAUGAUGAUAACGCGAGUAUUAAUUAUAAGUAGAGACGAUUAUUUAUGUACAUUCAGCAAUGGUAGUGUAACUUCAUUAAAUAACCUGAAACAUAUUGUGGAAAGUUUGAAAUCGCAGUGCGUACCUUCAAAGACUGCCUUAAUUGUUGGUAUGAAUGUACUAAGUUUAUGCCUUCUUACAUCAAUGGUGCUUGUGUUUAAAUUCCGUUGGCGAAUCCAACAUUGGUACUAUAAAAGACGUUUUAUUCUAACACUGAAUUAUGUUGAAAUGGUUCAAAUGUUUACAUAUGAUGUUUUCAUUUCUUAUUCUUCGGAUGAUUUUGAAAUAGCCAGAAAUGAGACGAUCGAGGAGUUGGAAUCAAGACGAGACAUUAAAGCUUGUAUUCAUGAAAGAGACUUUCAACCCGGUGAAUAUAUAGCUGAAAACAUUUCAAGAGCGAUUCAUAGUAGCAAGAAAAUUAUCCUCUUUAUAUCAAAGAAUUUCCUUGGGAGUGAAUGGUGCGCGUACGAGCUAGAUAUUGCUUUGAGGGAAGAAAUGCAUAGUGGGAGAAGAGUUAUAAUGGUUAUCAUGGUUGAGGAAGUUCCUAAUGCGAAUCUCCCACGUGCACUGCGACACAUUAUUGAUACCUAUACGUACUUGGAGUACCCUAAAAAUAGAACGGAAUAUGACAUAAACUCGUUUUGGAACAAGUGUGCAGAAUUUAUUCAAGAAAAUUGAUUUUUUAUACGUAUAAGAAUGCAUAUCACGUGAAUUUUCCACAAAAAGUAACAAAAUAUAUCAAUUUAUGAUCUUCAAGAUCUCAAAGCAUAUGUAUUCAAAGAAAUAUAAAUCAAUCGAUCGAAAUGGCAUUCUCAA